UAAAAAAAUCUGAAGAUUUGCUCGACUGUCAACCAGGAAGCAGAGGAAAAUUACAAUUUUCAGCCAAAAAUCUUAAAGAAAACAAAUUUGUGCGGUUCUUAUGCAAAUUGUUUAAAUUUUCAAUUAAAAAAAGUGUAUGCUAAAUAACUAAAAAUAUAAAUCUGUAGUUGAGUUGUUCUCGUAUCUACCGUCUCGACAGAUAUUUCAGUGUUUAGCACAAGCGUCGUUGAAACAAGGGUGCGAGGCGCCAGCGCUAACAGCAACCGCAGUCAGUAUAGUAGCAAACAAAAAAGCACAACAUUAAUUAAAAAGUAUAUGGUUUGGACUGGUUCAAAAGCGGCAAAUAAAUGAAGAAUGGCCACAACACAGCAAUACUCGCUUCGUUGGAACAAUUACUUUCGACAUUUAACAUAUGCUCUGGACAAUCACCGCAACAACGAUGAUUUUGUUGAUGUGAGUUUGUGCUGCGAUGGACGAAAAAUCAAAGCACAUAAAGUAGUGCUUUCCUCCUGCAGCUCAUAUUUCAAAGAAAUAUUUAGGGAUAAUCCACAUCCGCAUCCAGUAAUAAUUUUCAAAUUCAUUAAAUUCGAAGAUCUCACCUCAAUAAUUGAGUUCAUGUACCAGGGAGAAGUUAAUGUACAGCAAGAAGCUUUGCAGUCCUUCCUACAAACCGCCGAAUUGCUUGCUGUGCAAGGUCUUACCUCCGAGGAGAAGGAGAAACCAAAGUUGCCUCCAACACCUAUCAUUGAUGAACAAAAACUUAUUAAAACCAUCCCCAGCACAAUAAGAGCCGUUAACGAUGUCGCGACCUCUACACAGACUACUCCGCAAACAAUCGAAAUAUCAACAGCGAACAUUUUGCAGCAACCGCAAUCUCAGCAACAGCAACAUACCACCACACAACAUCAUCAUGUACAAACACAAAUCCAACAUAUUCAGGUGCAGCAUCAACCACAGUCGCAUGUGCAAACACAGGUGCAGCAACAAACUGCAACACAUCAGUUGCAACACCAUCAACAUCAACAAUUGCAACAAACCCAUUUAGGUACGCUGCCAUCAACUAACACGAUCAAGAAGCGUAAAAUGACUUUCUCAGAUGAUGACGAUAAUAUUUAUACAACAGAAGGUGUAGAUUAUGGUGUCAAAGAUGAUUCGACAAUUGUUAAAUCUCCAGAAAUGACAUUCCUGCGAGGCACCGUCAAAAUGGAUAUACCAGAAUAUAUUGUAAGUGAGGUGGAUGAUAGUGAGCAGUUAACCGACGGCAGCGCACAUCAUACAUCUCAAGAUGGUGGAGGAACGGGUACACAGAAUGUCACACAGUACACAUCCGAAUACGAAAUUUUAACAGAAUCAGAAAUAGAAGAAAAGUUUCAGGAAGCCGAUGCAGAAAACGCUGAGAUAACAAUUGAAAUGGGUCGGCUUUUAAAUCCCACGACGAGUACACCAUCAAAUACAACACCACAGACGACGUUGGAUGAGUCAGGCAGUGGUAUCACUAAUUCUGUAGUGAAAAUUGAUAACAAGGGCGGCGGAACUGCAG